AAGGCACAUAAUAGGCAGCAGUACUUGUAAGGGCACUUGUUGUAUCUCAGGGACUCCUACAAGAUGGAAUCUUUACCUCUUUUCUUAAUCUUGGGGCUAUCUUGCAUUGCCAGUCUAACAGAAGGAUACUGUGGUGUAAAACCAAAUGUAAGGAUCGUUGGUGGUGCCGAGGCUCCUAGAGGUGCAUGGCCGUGGCAAGUGAUGCUUAGGACGAAGAAUGGUGGUGUUGGACAGUUCUGUGGAGGAUCUUUGGUUCAUCCUCAGUGGGUGGUCACUGCUGCGCACUGUGUUAGUAACAUCACACCUAACCAAUUGUUCGUCAGACUUGGAGCUCACUACAGAGACAGGGUUAUGGGCACAGAACAAGACGUAGAUAUCGAACGAAUCAUCAGCCACGAAAACUACCACAAUCCAAUCACUUUGUCCAACGACAUAGCUCUAUUGAAGCUUAAGAGACCAGUUUAUUUGAACAAAGAGGUUGGCCUAGUGUGUCUUCCAAAUGAUAACGUGAGGAAAAUUUUUGAAGGAAAGAAAUGCUGGGUAACUGGUUGGGGCAAACUGUCUUCUGGUGGCGCAGAUCCAGAGAAACUAAUGCAAGUGUCUGUACCAAUCGUAUCCCUUAAAAGCUGUCAACGAGCUUAUCCUCAAAAAAUCCAUCAACAAUCCAUGGUCUGCGCUGGCUAUGACCAAGGGGGGAAAGAUUCAUGCCAAAACGAUUCAGGCGGACCCAUGGUGUGUGAGAGCAAUGGACGGUUCUAUCUUGAAGGGGUCGUUUCUUGGGGAGAAGGAUGUGCAUGGGAGAGAAAGUAUGGCGUGUACGCAAAGGUUCGUUCUUUAAGACAAUGGAUUGAUCGCAAUAUGUAUUAGUGAACAAGCGUCAAUAAAGAAAUUCCGGCAAAAGAUAUA